AUGUUGAAUUCAUACAAACUUCCAGAACAACUAAGCAAAAGUACACAAAUGUUGUGUGAAAAAUUUGAUUAUACUGAUGCAAGUGAGAAUAUAUCCUCUCAUCCUUAUAUGUAUAGCUGCCAGCCAAAAAGUUUAAGGGGUAGAAAUGAAUUAACCAAUAAGAAAACCAACAUUACGAAUACAGUGAAAAGAUCAAUCAGUGUAAAUUCAUCUGUUGAAUUCUCUCUUAGUGUAUCCCGUAGUUUAACGAGGGAAAUGAGUAGAAGUGAAAGUAUACAAUCAGUUUGCUUUAGUAAUAGUUUUGUUCAUACCACAGAAACUACUUCUAAUCCAAUGAGUUACACCAUCAUCAGUAAAAUAAUGAUGAAGACAACGAUGACAACUGAAAGUUUUGAUUAUCAUUGUGGUAGCAAUGACACCAGCAGAAACGAAACAAACCAAUCUAUUGAGUUCAGUACCAGCAAACAAACAAGUGACGACACAGAAGACAAGAAAAUGAUGGCAACUUCAGAUCAUCAUAUGAACAUAGUAAAGUGUGAAAUACCAAGGAACACUUAA